ACCGACAAUUUUCAGGAAACAUGGUUACAAAAUGAAUGGUUCAAUUUGUCACAAUUGAUAUGAAAAUGGUUUUGGUUUUCAAAUGAAAAUAGCAUUGUGAUGGCUAGUGAUUACGAUAAUGAAGAUGUAGCUUGCUAUUUUACCACGAAACAUUCUUGGAGAGGAAAGUAUAAGAGAGUGUUUUCUAUUGGCUCAAAGGCGAUAACGACUUACAAUCCUUCAACAUUUGAGGUCACGAAUCAAUGGCCAUAUCAAGAUUUUAUAAACAUCACUCCAAGUUUAAAGGCUCCAAAUGAGGUCAUCAUUGUUGUCAGGAAAGCCAAAGAAGGCAAGAAGACACAGAACAUGACAUUUUCUACUGAACAUAGGGAAGAUCUAAUUACUGAAGCAUUGAAAUUUUAUAAAGAGUUUUCUGGAUAUAAACAUGGCAAUGAGUUGAAGUUUAGUGGCUAUAAAUUACAUUGGAGUGAACGAAAGGUUCCAGUUACUUUAGAGGUUUCACCUGGUUCUUUGGAUCAAAUUGAUCCUCGUGAUAAUAGGAAAUUAUGUUCUUAUAAUUAUAAAGAUAUCGAGCUUAUAACGUUGGUGUCAGAUUAUCCCGGUGGUUUUGUGGUUGUUUCUGGUGGAUUUAGUAGGAUGCAUCUCUUUGCCAUUGAUAAGAGAGAAGAACUGCUGAAGAAAAUGAUGGAAGCAGCAUUUAAUAAUGUCGGAGUUACUAUUAAACAGAAGAAAAGUGCAAUUAAAGUAGAUUCAUUUUUGAUAUACAAGUUUGGGAAAUUCAGUGAUGAUGAACAUGUCACGUCAAUGUCAGAAUUUUCCGUUUAUAAACAGUCAAAACGCCACAAGGAUCCCGUUCAGAGAAUUUUGUGUUUCUCAGAAAUGUGUCUUCUUGAAAGAGAUCCAGCAACGUACAAUAUUGUCACGCUGCAUCCUCUAAGCUCAGUCUUCUCCAUCGUUCGCUAUCGCGACCAUCCUCAAUUAUUUGGUUUGGAGUACAUCAGCGGGCAGUUAAGGCGAUACUCUUCGCCCGACAGAGACACGUUAUUGGCUGGUUUGUUAGAUGGUGUUCGCGCAAGUGGUAACAGAGAUGUUUGUGUCAAGACAACGCCCACGAAAAGAGGCUAUCGUUGGGGACCGUUGUAUAAGGCUGUUGACGAGGAAGUUGAAAGUAGUCAUUUGAAAUUUCUUGCUUCACCCCCCGGUAAAUUUUCGGAGACAGUGUACAGAUUCAACUGCAAUAUAUCGUACAGCGGUCUUUUACAUGCGGUUACUCAGGACGGUUUGUUCUCUGAAAACAAAGAAAGGUUAAUAACUAACGCCAUCACCAUGUUAAUCGCUCAUGAAGGUGACCAAAGUAAGAUUUCUGAUAAAGACCUUGAAUCUCAGUUCCAUGCGCUUCGACGUUUAGUGGCAUCAAAGGCAGGAUUCCGUGCUUUUACAACGCUUCCUGGAUUCCGUGAAAAAGUUGGGUUGAAGACAGUGAAAGCUUUGAAAAGAAAAAACGAAGCCGUCACACAUUCAGCCGUUGACAUGUUGUGUGCUCUAAUGCAGCCAAUGCAUGAUAACUAUGACAUCAGACAAGAGCAGUUGAACAAGACGUCCCUGUUAUCUUCAGAGAAGUUCCUGGAUAAUCUUUUGGACAUCCUCACAACUAAUGUUAGCCGUUCCACCGGUGCUCUUGUGAUAAGUGGUCUCCUUGAUUUUCUCACGUUUGCUCUUUGCCCGCCCUACAGUGAGACGACAAAUGAUGAACAGUUUGCACUCUUACUUGAGAAAGUUGCAGGUAUGGGUCGCAAUAUUUACAGACUCUUUCAGCAUCCAUCUACGACCAUUGUAAAAGGUGCUGGUAUGGUAUUGAAAGCCAUUAUUGAGGAAGGAGACGAAGAGACAGCCGCAAAAAUGCAAGAUCUCGCUCUUGCUGAAGGUGCUUUGCCCAGACAUUUACACAUGGCUAUGUUUACGCAAAGUUCAGACAGACGCUUACUCAUGAACAGACAAUUAAGUCGACAUUUAGUUGGACUGUGGACAACUGGACAUCCCACUGCAAUGGCCUUACUUAAAAGAAUUUUGCCUGCUGGUUUGCUGUAUUAUCUCGAAAGCACCGAGGAGCCUCCCGAGACCGAAGAAGAUCGCCUAGCCAUUCGAGAUAAUAUCAAGCUCGCUGAAAAUUCUGAUAAAUCUAAGAAUUCACUACGUCAUCAACUGGAGGGAUAUCUCUCUCAUUGGAGGACGAAAAUUGGCUUCAAAUCAAAGAAAGAGACAAAUCAAAAGCCCGUCGUUUUGCGAAACAGAAAACAGAAUAUUAAAAGUGAACAGAACUGGGACCUAUUUUAUUACAAGUUUAAUCAAGAUCUUACGGCAUACAAUCUUAUCUGGAACUACAAGACACGUGAAGAGUUGCGCGGAGCCCUCGAAUCUGAGAUGCGCGCCUUUUCUAUGGAUAAAGAUCUGAGUGGGAGCUAUGUCGUUUCCUGGAAUCAUCUCGAGUUUGAAGUUUUAUAUGAAUGCUUGUCGGAUGAACUCAAAAUUGGUGAUUACUACCUACGUGUUUUGCUUGAACAGAAUGAAGUUGAAACGCCAAUAACGAAUGCUCUCGAGUUCUUCAAUGAUCUCUACCACAGAUUCCUAUUGACGACCAAACCAAACAUGAAAGCCAUGUGUCUUCAGGCAAUGACGAAAGUGUAUGGCAAAUGUAAUGAAGAAAUUGGUGCAUUUAAUGAUACUAAGUAUAUUGUAGGAAUGUUAGAUAGGACCUCAGAUAAACUGGAGCGUGAUCAUCUCUUAUUCUUUCUAAACGAGCUUACGAAACAUCAGCGCAAUGUGAAAGCUUUGUUAGACGUGAACGCGAUCAAAGGAUUAGUUGAAAUGACGACGUUGUGUCAUCUUCAUACAUCUCGAGCUACUGUCCCUUUGCAGAGUAAUCUGUUGGAAGCCGCUCCAGAUAGCAGUCAAGGAGGUGAAAAAGAAUGGUACUAUGGCAAUAAAGAAAGAGAAAGACUUGGUCCAUUCAGUUUUGAUGAGAUGAAAGAUUUCUGGAAGGACGAGGUGAUAAAUGGAAGCACGCGUUGUUGGUGUCAAGGAAUGGAUGGAUGGCGACCAUUACAACAUAUUCCUCAAUUAAAAUGGUUUCUUCUUGCUACUGGUUUACCUCUCAUGAAUGAAACAGAUAUGACUGUUCUAAUACUUAAUAUGUUAAUACGGAUAUGCUCCUAUUAUCCCAAUAGAGAUUUUGAUGGUGCUAUUGUACGUCCUCUACCUCGCCAAAGGAUAUUGUCAGAAGCAACUUGUCUCCCUCACAUUGUCCAGUUGCUGCUCACUUUUGACCCAAUCAUCGUGGAGAAAGUUUCUGUGCUGCUCAACGAUAUUCUCCUAGAUAAUCCUGUGAUCCCAAGAUUGUAUUUAACUGGAGUGUUUUUCUUCAUAAUGAUGUAUACUGGCUCUAAUCUUUUACCCAUAGGAAGAUUUCUCGCCGAAACUCACAUGAAACAAUCGUUUCGCUCCGAUCAGAAGCAAGGUGGUGAGAUAUCUCAGAGGAGUAUACUCGGGGUUUUGCUGCCUGAAGCGAUGAUUUGUUACUUAGAAAAUCACGGUUGUGAUAAAUUUUCUUGCAUUUUCUUGGGGGAAUUUGACACUCCCGAGGCGAUAUGGAGCAAUGAAAUGAGACGUUUCAUGAUAAGCAAGAUUGCGUCGCAUCUUGUUGAUUUCUCGCCUCGGCUUCGCAGUAAUACUAAAGCACUGUAUCAGUAUUGUCCUAUACCGGCAAUAUCGUAUCCUCAGCUUGAGAGCGAACUCUUCUGUAAUAUAUAUUAUUUACGUCAUCUGUGUGACACUCAGCGCUUUCCCGAUUGGCCAAUCAAAGAGCCGGUGAAGUUUCUCAAGGAUUUACUGGAAGCGUGGAAAACUGAAGUGGAAAAGAAGCCGCCUGAUUUAUCUGUCGACCAAGCUUUAAAAAUUCUCAAUUUGAAGAAAAAACCUGAAGAGUACGACGAGGCAAAGAUAAGGAAAGCUUACUUUAGGAUGGCCCAGAAAUAUCAUCCAGACAAAAACCCUGAAGGACGGGACAUCUUUGAACAAGUCAGCAAAGCCUACGACUUCUUGUGUUCGCGGUCGUCAAGGAAGAUCCUAGGACCAGAUCCCAGAAAUAUAAUUCUCAUUCUUCGGGCUCAAUCUAUUCUCUUCAGUCGCUGUAAAGAUGUAUUGCAACCGUAUAAAUACUCCGGUUAUCCAAUGUUGAUCAAAACAAUUCAAAUGGAGAUCGAGGAUCCUAAAGCUUUCAGUAAAGAAGCAGCAUUACUUCCUUCAGCUUGUGAGUUGUGUUAUCACACAGUAAACACGUCUGCUUUGAAUGCUGAGGAAUUGAGGCGAGAGAAUGGGAUCGAGAUUCUCCAGUCCGCCCUGUCUCGAGCCAUUGAUCUCAUUGGGAAAUCAAGUAAACCUGGUGAAGUACCUGUUCUUGUUUGUGGUCACAUUGUUCAUUGUUACGCUGUUGCCUCUCAGUUUGAAAAAUGUCGAGAAAAGAUCGCUGAAAUGCAGAUUAUAGUGCAAGAACUGUGCAGAUUGUUGUACUAUAAGAAUCUCCCCGGUUUGUGUAUUUUGAGCACCGAUUGUGUCAGCAGUUUCUCCGUGGAUUACUGGUUGCAAACACAUUUACUGCAGGCCGGUGUUUUGUGGCAUCUCUUGUUGUUCAUGUUUAAUUACGAUUAUACUCUGGAAGAAGGAGGGGUCGAGUCUUCGUCGGAUACCAAUCAACAGGAAAUAGCAAAUGAAUUAGCAAGAAAAUCGGUGCGUGCUUUAUCACGACUUGGAGGAUACAUUCAAGGUGAAGAGACGACUCCAGAAAACCCGGCGAUUAAGAAGUCGUUGGAUGCCAUGCUGACCCCGUAUCUUGCACGAAAACUUCACAAUUCUUCACCGCAAGAGUUACUCAAGCUGUUAAACAGCAACGCAGAGAACCCAAAUCUGAUUUGGGACAAUGGAACACGCGAGAUAAUGAAAUUUCUUGAGGAAGAACAGGAAAGAAAAAUUACGACGGGCGAGUGUGAUCCAUCCUUUGGAGCUGAAUUCAUCUAUAAUGUGUACGAAAAAGAGUUAAUCAUUGGCGAGAUCUUUGUCCGUGUGUACAACGAGCAGCCAGCUUUUCCAUUAGAGAAUCCGAAGAAAUUUGCGUUAGAUUUGUUGAAUUUCAUUGGCAACCAAGCGCAGUAUCUCCAUUCCUUGCUACAACUUCAGGCCUCGCAAACAGGCUCGUCCACGGAGCCUGGUGGACAGAAUGAGCGAUUCGAGCACGUUGCCAUGGCGUUGGAAGCGUUGAGGAAUAUCAUAAAGGCCUCGCCAGGUGUCGAAGAAAAAUGCAUUGGUCAAUUCAAACUGAUAUUUUCUUUACUGCGUAUGUCUGAAGCAACCAAAUUGCAGAAACUUGCUUUAGAAGUGAUCAGUAAUGUCACUGGUAACAAGAAUUGUGUUGCGGAUAUCGCAGAUUCUAAUGUUAUCUCGUAUCUAUUACUGACUUUGUACACUCUCUCGAACUGUCGCCCACUUGUCACUGAGACGUUGCAUGCUUUAUGUUCCAAUACAAAGAUUGUUAAAGAAGCCCACAAUAAAGGAGCUUUGGUCUAUCUCCUUGAUCUCUUUUGCAAUUCAAGCAAUCCUGAGGUUCGUAGCAAAGCAGCGGAUCUUUUUAACAAAAUGAUGGCAGAUAAACUAGUUGGUCCAAAAGUGAAAAUCACUCUUGCCAAGUUCCUUCCUACGAUAUUCAUGGACGCCAUGAGAGAGAAUCCAGAAGUCAGUGUUCACAUGUUUGAAGGCAUGCACGAGAAUCCUGAGCUCAUUUGGAACGAUGAGUCACGCGAGAAAGUUUGUGAUAUCAUUAAAAAACAGAGAGAUGAGUUUUAUAAAAGGCAGAAGGACGAUCCUGAGGCGUCGUGGAAGCUUCCGGGCGAUUUUGAAGUUGUUUACUCGAACGUCGAAGGAGAGUUGGUUGUUGCUGGCGUGUAUUUGAAUUUAUUCGUCGCGCAACCACAUUGGGUGUUGAGAAAACCGAAGGAGUUUCUAUUGGAGCUUAUGAACAAAUAUACUGCGUUGCUACGCUCAUCGUCGCCUGAUGGCCAACUACUAGAAACAUUCACCCAAGCCGUUGUUUCCAUAUUCACAGCUCAACCUGCUUUAGCCGAUCAAAUGCCAAGUCUCGGUCAUCUUCCCGUCAUUUUCAAAAGCAUGAAAUCGACAAACGACGCCAUUCCUCGUUCCGCAAUACAAGUUAUCCAUAUCGUCUCUAGCAACGAGUUCUGUGUCCGCAGUCUUUCUGAUGGUGAUGUCAUUAGACCAAUGAUAGCUGCAAUGGAUGCCAGGCCAGAUGUCAUCGUGCUUGCCUGCGAAGCUCUACAUCAAAUCUUCGACAAGAACCAAAGUGCCUUGGUGAAGCAAGCAAUCGACGCUGAACUCGUGCAAUACUUGCUGAAGCUAUUAGAUACAGACUUAAGAGCUGCAUAUAAAAUCGAGAACGCCUCGGCAUCCAAAGCUCAGAUCGUAAAAGCUUUGAAAGCGAUGUCACGUGAUUUUAUACAUGGAGAAAAGGUGUUGGAAAUACUGGACAAAUCCGAAGUCUGGGCUUCAUACAAGGAUCAGAAACACGACCUGUUUAUUUCGGACCGUAAUGUUGCAGGUUACCUUACUGGGCCUAUGGGUGUUGCGGGCUAUCUAACCCAAGGCUCUGCUAAUGCUAAUUCAAUUCCUAGCAAACCUCCACCAAUUGAGAACAUAUUGACAGAUGAUUGAUUAAUCAAUAUCCAGAAUCAGCCAUCAGUACGAAUUUCGAUUUCCAAUGUGUUAAUGAAAAUUUUUCUUAGGAGCGAAUAUUUGCAAUUUUUGUACUGUAGUGUGCGCCAAAGACAUUAUAUUUUAAUUCGAAAGUCGGACUAGCUACGACUUACGAAAAGAUAACUUUGAAUUACAGACAAUUUUGAUUUUUUGGUAAAAUUUUUCUCUAGUGGUUGUUUAGGUGAAAACAAGACUUUUGUCUGGUAAUCAUUGAUCACUUAGGAAUAUUUCAAAUGAAUUUUCAUAUUUUCAAAAUGAAAUCAUGCAAAAGAUUA